CAUUCUUGCCCUGAACAUUCAUUAUUAAAACAUGUGACUAGUCAAUAAAAAAAAAAACCUGUAUGCUGUAUAUUGUUUUAGUUAUUGAUAUUUCUCAUUUUGUUCCCUUGUCAGUGUGUUCUGGGGGCUUUUACACAGGACACAAGGAAAAACAAGUCUGUAUGAGGAAGAAAUUUAAAUGUCAUUUUUAAAUGUCAAUUUUUUUCUCCUCAGUUCGUUAUCUCUAUUUGCUGCUUAGUGUAAUAUUCAGUUCAGAAAGGUUAAACCAGGUUUCUUUUAUAACACAUUCAGUAGAUAUUUGUUUCCAUCACACAAUGAUUGGGAUUUUUAUUUAUUUAUUUAUUUAUUUAUUUAUUUAAAUCAUUUUUGCGGUUUUAUAGCUGGAGAACUACACAAGCAUCAGUGUGUUUUCCAAUCUCAGCAUCACUGAAGAACACUUUACAGAUACAGAGCAGCAUGAGUGUCUUCAGAAGAAGGAUUCUGAAAUAUGGAUCAUCUCAUUUCAGUGACCCUGCUCUUCUCAGAGAGAAAUACACUGAUCUGGCAACCAUUAACAACAUGAGAGAGAUGAAGAAGCUGAAUCACACACUGAUGAAGGAAAAUGCAAAGAAAGCUUGGAUUGGUCUACAGAGAGAGGGACCUGGGAAAUGGCAGUGGUCUCUGGCAGACCAAACUUUCUACAGAGACGGAGACACUUACAGGAACUGGAGGAGUGGAGAACCAAACAACCUUGGGGGAAAUGAGUACUGUGUUGAAAUGUAUCCAAAAAAUGGCUUGUGGAAUGAUGACACCUGUGAAGGGCCAAAUCAUUUUGUAUGUUAUGAAGAAAAGAACACAAACACUAAAUAUGUAGUGAUUAAUGAGACAAAGAGCUGGUAUGAUGCUCAGAUCUACUGCAGAGAGAAUCACACUGAUCUGGUCAGUGUGAGGAACCAAACUGAGAAUGAUGAGAUCUGGAGAAUGAUUAAUAGUUCAGUGCAUCAGAAAGUUUGGAUCGGUCUGUUUUAUGACUCCUGGAAGUGGUCAGAUCAGAGUAACUCCUCAUUCAGAUACUGGAGCUCUGACCAAAACAGUGGAGGUUUGAACUGUUCUGCAGUGUCUGAGUCUGAGAAACGUUACUGGAGUGAUGUGGACUGCACAGAAAAACUCCCGUUCAUCUGCCAUGAGAAUAAGCUGAUCCUGAUUAAUGAGACUCUGACCUGGAAAGAAGCUCUGAGAUACUGCAGGAACCAUCAUCAUGACCUGGUCUCAGUGCGCACUGAGGAGAUGCAGCUCUGGGUGAAGGAAGUGGCUCAAAACGCCUCCACUGAACACGUGUGGCUCGGCCUGCGUCACACCUGUGCUCUGGGCUUCUGGUACUGGGUGAAUGGAGAGAUGAUCUGCUACCAGGACUGGGGUCCGGGCAACGGGACAGGGUUUGAAGACUGCAGCCAUGAGGAGAGAACCGGAGCAGUGCAGUCUGGAGGAGAGCAGAAGUGGAUCAGCCUUCCUCAGAGCGAAAAACUCAACUUCAUCUGCUCUACCUAUGAAGAUAUGUUUUUUUAAACAUGAAGACUGAAGACAAGCUGUGGUCCAACAUCUGUAUCCAACAUCAGCUGAUCUACAGUUCUGUCUCAUUUAUACUCUUUUACACAUUAUUAUUAUCAUUAUUAUUAUUGUAUACUCUUAAUGCAGAUGUCUCCAUGCAGCAUGAUCUGUACUACGUUACUAUAUUUUACUUAUUUUUCUUAUUAAUAGAGUUUUUAAUGGUAAUUAAGGUAGAAUGUAUUUACCUGAAGUUUGUAGUGUGUUUAGUUUGCAUAUUUAAUUGCUUUGAAAAAUUAUUUCUCAGAAUAGGAAACUAUACCAUACUCAGCUCAGUUAUACCCAUGCAGGAAGUUCAGAACACUGCAAAACAGUUAGAUUAAAAAUAUAUAGUCUUUUUAACUGAGUGUGUUAUCAGGAUAUCUGCAUAAUUACAUGUUGAUGAUUUCUAUACCUGCCAUUUCUGUGCACUUGCUUCUUUAAUGUGUAAGAAUAUGGACUGUAUUGA